GACGAAGAAGGUGGCGUGGAUAACGGCGUUUGCAGGUGCUGUGGAAGAGUCUGCUUGGGAAGCCAUGGCAUCAUCGCGGCGGCUGGCGCAGCACCUGCCUGCGGGGAGCUGCCUCCUCUUCCUCCUCCUCUUCCUUUGUGUCCAGUUCGGGGGAGGCCAAAAGAAGAAGGAGAACCUUUUAGCUGAAAAAGUGGAGCAACUUAUGGAAUGGAGUUCAAGGCGCUCAGUCAUCCGCAUGAAUGGAGAUAAAUUCAGAAGGUUUGUGAAGGCCCCACCCCGCAACUAUUCAGUGAUUGUGAUGUUUACUGCUCUCCAGCCACAGCGGCAAUGCUCCGUUUGCAGGCAAGCCAAUGAGGAAUACCAAGUACUGGCUAACUCAUGGCGAUACUCUUCAGCAUUUUCAAAUAAACUUUUCUUUACUAUAGUUGAUUAUGAUGAAGGAGCAGAUGUUUUUCAGCAGCUCAACAUGAACUCUGCUCCAACGUUCAUGCAUUUCCCUCCAAAAGGUAAGCCCAAGAGAGCUGACACGUUUGACCUGCAGAGAAUUGGAUUCGCAGCAGAACAGUUAGCCAAGUGGAUAGCUGACAGAACUGAUGUUCAUAUUAGAGUAUUCAGACCACCAAACUAUUCUGGUACUAUUGCUUUGGCCCUUCUGGUUUCACUGGUUGGUGGUUUGCUCUACUUGCGGCGAAAUAACUUGGAGUUCAUCUACAACAAGACUGGCUGGGCAAUGGCAGCAUUGUGUGUUGUGUUUGCUAUGACUUCUGGCCAAAUGUGGAAUCAUAUUCGUGGCCCCCCAUAUGCUCAUAAAAAUCCUCAGAAUGGGCAAGUGAGUUACAUACAUGGAAGCAGCCAGGCCCAAUUUGUUGCUGAAUCUCAUAUUAUACUGCUCCUGAAUGCUGCUAUCACCAUGGGAAUGGUUCUUUUGAAUGAAGCUGCUACCUCCAAGGGAGAUGUUGGGAAACGGAGAAUAAUAUGCCUAGUAGGCUUGGGGCUGGUCGUUUUCUUCUUCAGCUUCCUUCUGUCAAUAUUCCGCUCCAAGUAUCAUGGCUAUCCAUACAGCUUCUUAAUUAAGUGAACUCGCAUAAGGGUAAUGUUUACUAUGAAGAUAAGCAGCUCCUGAUAGUAUCUGCUUAGCAACAUUACAUUUCUUCAAGAGUCUGUGGUUGGUUCAUCUGUUUCCUGUGAUAAAUUACAGCGUUCAUGUAGAGAAGAAAAUUUUGUGUGUUUUUUUACCUGAUGUACCAAAUGCUUCAUCUAAUUUAUAAUGCAUAGCAAAUAUUGGAUAGCUAAAUGGAGGAUGUGAUAAACUGCAUGAGGGUGGGAAUAUGCUUGGUGGCCUUGAAUUUUAAAUAAAACUCUCUUUAGAGGGAAACUUUUAUUGUUGAGUAUUGCAGUUGUAUAGACUUCAGUUGACAAAAAGUCAAACCCACUGAGAUUUUGGAAACAAUGGCAUAAAGAUAUGAGAUUUAUUACUACCAUUCAGCUUUGCUUAAUAAAGAAAACAAAAACUGCUUAAGA